AAAUUUGUUUUCAUCAUCAUUUUAAUCCGUGCUUUAUUUCUCUUUUCAGCUUUAACCGCUUACACCUACCUGACAAUCUUUGACCUGUUCAGCCUGAUCACCUGUCUCAUCAGCUCCUGGGUCAACAUGAAGAAACCCAGUCAGGUCUACUCGUUUGGGUUUGAACGUCUGGAGGUCCUGGCUGUGUUUGCUUCCACUGUACUCGUCCAGCUGGGAGCUUUGUUCAUCCUGAAAGAGAGUGUGGAACGAUUCAUGGAGCAACCUGAGGUCCACACAGGACGACUGUUAGUCGGGACCUUCGUCGCUCUUUUCUUCAACCUGCUGACGCUGCUGUCAGUCAAGAACAAGCCCUUCACCUACGUCUCAGAAGGUACUGCCCCCUCUCCUCUCUACUCUCUCCUCUCCCUCCUC